GUUAUUGCGGAAACAGCUGAGCUGUGAAUCGCUUGUAGAAAAAGUUCGUCGUAGACUACGUAAUUUUGUGCCGGUAAAAACGUUUUACAGUAUCACAGUCACUCAAGAUACUGGAAUGUCACUCUACUGACAAUAACAUUCCUAUUCUUGGUAUGCCGAAACAGACUCGAACAAGGAAAUCGAAGGAUAAUGGACUGGAUUUUUUAAAUGUUACGAUGAUAAGCGCUGCAGGUUGAGAGUGGUAUUUUCUUGAACUUCUUCGAUGAGCUACAUGUCACGUGACUUGAUUGCGUUUUGAGCGCAUUUUGCAGCAGAACACAUUGUAAAUAGUAAGUGUACAUAGUGUUUGUAAAGAUGAGCUCUGGAAGUCGAUCCACCUCUCGCGGUGGAAAAGGGACCAAAUUGGAACCAUCUUCAACAAAUAAACCACAGAAGGCAGAUGCUAAAACAGAAUCACCAAAAACACUUGAUCACAAUCCUAAAACACAGCCUACAGCAGAACAGAUGCGAAUUGCACAAAUUAUUGACACUAGGACAGAAGACCCGAAUCUAAAGGACAAGAUCAAGCAAGCUAUGGACGCGACUCGUAAAACAGAGGAUGAAGUCUGUACUGCACUGCAUGACUGUGAUAAUGACCUUGACAGGGCAGUGAAUAUGCUUCUUGAAGGAAUGGGCCAGGGUGAAUGGGAAACGUUGGUAAAGAAAAAGAAAAAUCGGCAACCUAGCACAAAGUCGGAGUCGACUGUAAACAACCAGGAUCUUGAGCAGGAAGAAUGGGCCCAGGAGAGAGAAGUAAAUCCAGAGAGAGAACGAACUCGAGCCAGAGGUGGAGGUCCUCCUCGUAUGCGUGGUCGUGGAUCAUUGGAUAAUCGUGGUUGGCGUGGUCGAGAAAACAAAGAAAAUGAGAAGAACUUGGAGGAGGGUCGUGAAGGGUUUAGGCGGGGUGGCGGGAGGAUGAUGAAUGGACCGGGCAGGUCUGGGAGGGGUGGACGAGGAGGUGGUAGACUUGGUCCACGAACUUUCCAAAACAGAGAUAAGGGAGGCUUUCCAAGGUCUAUAGAAACUUGGAACAAUCCAGGUGCAGAUGAAAACACUGGUGAAUCCCUCAAAAUGGAUAAGUGGGGUGAUGACUUUCCAUCACCUGAAGACUGGGAUAACGAAGAAUACACUGGGUCUCUGGCAGACAGUAAAGUGUUCACUCCAAGUGGUGGAGCACUGGAGCCAAUAACAAACUCUGAGCCAUUGGUGGUUGAGUCAACUAAUCCUGAUCUCUCAUCUUCGCUGACAGUUCAGAACUUAUCGAGUAGUGUGGCAUCAAGCUCGAGUCAAAUGUCACAGAGUCUAGAUCUCCACCAGCCUCCCAGCCAGCUGUCACAACCUUGGCUUCAGAGUCCAGUUCCUGUUGUGGUUGGACCAUUGACUGCAGUCCAGUCAGAGUACCUGAGUCAGCUGACGCAAGCAACAGAAAAUUUGAAGUCUGCGGUAGGAAUAGGCACUAGCAGCUCUGCAGCAGUGUCGGCUGUAUCGUAUGGCACAUCCAGUAACAGCUAUCCAGUUACAUCAUCAACGGCAUAUCAACCUCCAAGUCCUCCUUCUGGCUUCACUUCCACUUCAGCUGCAUCAUUUUCGACCUCAAAUUUUGUUGGCUCUGCAAACAGUUAUGGAAACCAAAUGCAGGACCAGACUCUGGAAUCUUCAUCUGUUACAGCCCAAUGCCCAACUCAGACAUUGCCAUCACGACCAAAAACACAGCGACCAAGGGUUCCGCCUCCUUCAAAAAUCCCACAGAGUGCUGUGGAAAUGCCUGGUGAUGCAAUAAACAGCAGUAUUGGUUAUCUAGAUGUUCAGUUUGGAGGUCUUGAGUUUGGUAGUGAAACAAGUUCUUUUGAAACAUCAUCAGAGCAAUCCAAAUAUCCCAGCAAUGUGUCUGGGUCUGUGCUGGAUUCACUUCCAUCUCCCAGAACUACUUCCAACCUCGAUUUGAGUGGAACAAAUCAAACGUCUGUUUUAGACACAUAUUCAGGAACGUCUUCACAGAAGACAAACCAACCAGGCAUUGCUUCUGCACUAACACAAAACCAGAAGCUGUCUGGUGGUGAUACAAUGCUUUCAACCUCUGAGCAUAAAGUAAGUCAGCCAAGUUUCUCUCAGAAUCGGAGCUCUAAUUCAGCAGGGCUGGAUAUGGAUAAGACUGAAGUGGGUCUUUCUUAUUCUGCUUCAAAUACUGCAACAUACCAGCCUUCAUACCAGAGUCAGAAGUCUAGUGGUACUGGAUAUCAGCAGACCUCUAGUUACACGUCGUCCAACUACUCUUCCACCCAGGUUACGUCGUCAGCCGCAGUUUAUCCAACAAACCAGUCGCAGAUGAGCUACGCAUCCAGUGGGACAGUCUCCAGCUACAGCAACCAGCCCACGGUGCCCAGCUCAUCAUAUCCAAGCAAUUCCUAUUCCCAGGCGUCUGCUGGUGUUGCCUAUCAAACUGGUCCCACCUCGUACACUUCGAUAAAUCAGCAGUCUGUCAAUUCGUUCCCUAGUGCUACACCCUCAUACCAGGCAACAGGCCAGUCUGUGUAUGGAAGCUCAACUCUAGGUGGCUCUGUGAACUAUGCUGGAUCUACAGGCACAGGACAGUACCAAAACAACUAUGGAGGAAGUGUGGCGACAACGUCGCAGAACCAUACAAAACUCAGCUCUGCACUCAAUACUGGUACCAAAGAAGCACAGUAUGACACUGCAACAACAUCAAGUUCUAACUUGAGCAGCACAAACGUUACUACAACAAAUAGUGGUCUUUCAACAAAUGUUAAUGCAUCGCCUGCAUUAGGGCUUGCGAGCAGCAGCCAAACUGUGAACACAACUUCUACCAAAGUAUCAAGUUCCACAGGCAAGAGUGGCGUAGUUCCAAAUAUCCCACCGGGUGUUCCUCCGAUGCUUGGCACACAGUACAUCAUGAGCCAAGGAGGGCUUCCCUACUUCCAGCAACCUGUUUAUAGCUAUGAGGACUUGCAGUUGCUUCAACAAAGGAUACCACACGUGGCAACAGGGUAUUUUGACAUGGGUUUCCAGGCUCCAACAAGCUUAGCCACAGGAAGAGAAGGAGGCUUGGCUAGUGUAGCAUAUUCCAUGUCUGAUGGCCGUUUUACAAGGGCAGACAACAAUGCUUCACCAGUUCCUUCUACUCUUUCACAGCAGAGUGCCACUCAGGCGCAUCAACAGCCAAUGUUGAAUCCUACACCAUUGCCACCAGGUUAUGCGUACUUCUAUGGUGGAGGGAUGAUGCCAGGCAGUUUCCAGUAUGGAACCCCUGCAAUCUAUCCGAUGCCACCAGCUACGAACACUCAUGGCAGCACAAGUACUACUCAGUAUCCAAAGCCUGGAAGCUAUGGAUCUGGGUACGGUUCGGGUUACGAUGGUCUCGUGCAGAACCAAGACUAUGGCAAAACUGGCUAUGUGUCAAAUAGCCAGUCUCAGAGCAAGGCUGGAGUGGGGGCAAAUGCUGGCACAGCUGGUUCUUCUGCAACUGAUCUCAGUGCAACCAUGUAUGGAAAAUCCCAUGUUACUCUGGGCAAGGUGAAUUCGUAUGAGAAGCAGGGUUUCCAUUCAGGGACACCACCCCCAUUCAACUUACCAGGCAGCCAGAGCACACCGAUGGGGCCCAGUGGUGCUUAUGCCCCACAUCUGUUUAUUCCUGCCAUGGCGCCACAACAACACCACUCUACCCCCCUCAUCCAUCAACCGCUGCAUCAGAUGGAGAUGAGAAACCCUGGAAGACGUUCGGAAUCUGGCAGUAGCUCAAACCAGCGCUCCCAAUCGUCAGCUCAGCCAAAUAAGUCGGGUGCCAAGCAGGGUUAUAGUCCCUCUUACUGGACCCCCAAUUGAGCAGAGAAAGGCAGGUUGGGUAGGUGGGGAGGGGCAGGGUUAUAUUUGCAGGUGCUUUGUGAAUGAUACCAUAAAACAGUGCAAGGUGUUUCAUAAUUUGUGUAAAUCAAAACAUUGAUGAUUAAAUAUUUUUGUGCAUACCAAGAUCUUUUAUCUUUGAAAAUAUUUUAAUCUGCAAUGUAUUAUUUACACAAACUAUAUCCAAACUAAAGGGAACCCAACAUCAUUCGGAAGUAGAGCUCGCAAUAAAUGUAAACUCUUGAUGGAUUAAACUUUUGUAGGUCACACUCUACUUCAUAGCUGUUUGUGUUGUCAUUCUGUUGGUUACAAGGAAUUACUUUUCCGGUAACCCUCUGCCACAUUCAUUUGUGUGCUGUGGUAUUUUGUGUUAGCUUCAAGUAAAGUGUGUAGAAGAACGCCAUGCAAUAUUGAGGGACUAUGUAGUAAUAUCAUCCCUUCUCUUGUAUAGAAUGUUUUGAUCAUUGAAGAAUUAAAUGGAAUUGAAAUAAUGUUACAUAUCUUUGUUUGCAUUACUUAAUGAUAUAUAUCCACCUAUACCAUGAAGCCUGUAGAAAACGUGUAGAAGAAAUUUAAUUUCUUGAUCAUAAGAUUUAUUUGUUUUCAAAAGGCUGUAGUUCUGUUUAUUCUCUCUGUCUGUCUGUCUCUCUCUCUCUCUCUCUCUUUAAACUUGAACAUAUAGAGUUUUG